CCGGCCGGGCCGCCGGGACCCGAGGGACCCCCGGGACCGCCAGGAGCACUGGGAAGCAAGGGCGAAAAGGGCGAACGAGGCCUGAUCUCGACCGUGGACGGCAGCAGCUUCCCCACCGGCUUCAUCGAAGGACCGCCAGGUCCUCCCGGCCCCGAGGGCCCACACGGCCCACCGGGCGGCCUGGGUCCCGUGGGCCCUCCGGGACCCGUCGGCGGGCGGGGAUCACCCGGGCCACGCGGACGUCGAGGCAAACGGGGGAAGAAUGGUCGCGCUGCGAUGAUUGGCCGAACGGGCAAGCCGGGCCCGGAGGGUCAGAAGGGAGAGCACGGCUUCAAGGGAGAGAAGGGUGGGAUGGGCGACAUGGGUCUGCCGGGCCUGCCGGGAGAGAGGGGACCGGUCGGUCCCACCGGACGGGACGGACUGGAUGGAGAGACCGGACCACAUGGACCACCUGGACUUCCCGGUAUUGGUGGACCCAAAGGAGACCGCGGAGAAGUCGGAGACAUGGGACCACCCGGUCUGAUGGGACCACCCGGCCUGCCCGGACCGCCGGGUCUCCCGGGGUCUCCGGGCGAGAAGGGCACCAAGGGAGACUCGAAAUAUAAGAAGCUGCGGCGGCGGAACGGCGCCAAGCAGGAGCAUGGCCUGGUGGAGUACGUGGCCGGGCCGCCGGGACCGCCGGGGGCACGCGGUCUCACCGGUCCGCAGGGACCGCCCGGCAUCAAGGGCAGCCGAGGUCUCGACGGCGGUGGCAAGGGAGAGAAGGGUGACUCCGGGCCAAUUGGACUUCCGGGACCGAUGGGUGUUCGAGGCAUACCUGGACACAAGGGAGGCACCGGCUCACCGGGCUUGCCGGGGCUGGACGGCAUCAAGGGCUUCAAGGGCGAGCCGGGCCUGAAGGGAGAGCGGGGAGACCCCGGGCUUCCGGGGACCGACGGGAUCCCGGGUCUGAAGGGUGAAAAGGGAGACAGGGGACAACUGGGUCCGCCCGGUCGGCGCGGCCGGAAGGGUGACCCGGGUCUGAAGGGCGAGCAGGGCGUGCCCGGCCUGGACGCCCCCUGCCCGGUGGGCAGCGACGGCCUGCCCCUGCCCGGCUGCGGCUGGCGGCCGCCGGCGCAUCAGGACACACUUCCAAUGCUGGAGUCCGACACCGCGGCGCCAGCGUCAACGCUAGAUCUGAUGCAGGGCUAUGCGGAUGUGCUCCACGUGGAUAACAUUGAUGACCUCCGAUUCUAA